UUUGACGAUUCAUAACAUACCGAUUUUUUUUUUUUAAAAAAGCAGAAUGAUUCUGCGAUUACUUCUCCUCGUUCUUUUCCUCUGUGAGUGCCAUUGUAGAGUGGUAAGACCACAUCACAAUUGUAUAAAAGAUGUCUGUUACUUUGAUUUUAAUAUUGACUACAAAUUUACAAUGAUGUGGUACAAUUAUACAAACGCACUCGAUCCCGAGGUUUAUCCCGUGGUAAUGAAGGACGGAUUGCUUCACAAACGGAUUACAAGUGAUUCCUGUGAAGAAACGCUCAUUCCAAUAACCUUAAAAGAAUUCAAGCAAACUGUCAGUCCAGGAGAUGGAAACUACAAAAUGGUUUACGCUAUCAAUGGUCAGAUCCCAGGACCAGAUAUCGUUGUCUUCGAGGACCAAGUUAUUUCGGUUCUUGUACACAACCACCUGAAAAUUGAGGGCGUGACGGUUCACUGGCACGGCAUGGUACACAGAGGAACACCAUUCAUGGACGGAGUCGAUAUGAUAACUCAGUGUCCAAUCUUACCAGGGCAAACAUUUGAGUACAGAUUCGUUGCCUCUCCUGUGGGCACCCAUUGGUAUCAUGCCCACACUAACAGCAUGAGGAAUGAUGGACUGGCAGGUGCCCUGAUUGUAUUACCCAGAAUUAGACCAUCUAUAAAAAUCCUACCUGAUGCACUUCCGGACGUAGAUGAAGAAUUUUCAAUUAUUUUGCAAGACUGGACGAAAAAGAUGUCCCAAGAAAAGUUUUAUUCAACAAAAGGACUGGCACUUUUGGAUGAAUACGACGGAAUUUGUUUAUCACAAGCUCAGCGGCCGGAUGGAUCCGUGAACAGAUUUCAAUUACACAUGGGACUUGUGAAUGGACUGGGAAGAAAAUAUGUUCAUGACGAUCCAAAUGUUCCAGAAAAGCCUUUCAUUCCAUUGGAGACUUUUACCGUUAAACAGAACCAUUAUUACCGUUUCAGAAUAACUAAUGUGGGAAUCAGCUCAGCAUUUGAAAUUUCCAUUGACGAUCAUACGCUUAUUAUCGUAGCCAUUGACGGAAAUGACGUAGAACCAUUCAAAACUGAUGUCGUUACAAUAUCUCCAGCUGAGAGAGUUGAUUUCAUUGUAUUUGCUGGACGUUCGCCAAAUAACUAUAAUAUCAAUUUUGUGACUGCUGCAACCAGGUUUGCAACAGGGAAAAAGAUGACCAACAGACAACGUACAUACGGAGUGUUAAAUUACCAAGGUGUAAAUAAAUAUCUUACUCCGGUCCCCCGUCACAGGGAGUGUACACAUAUUUUGCCAUGUAUUGUGGUGAACCAAGUCUAUGGACUCUAUCCCAUGAACACACACAUAGUAAAUGUACCAAUUACAAAUCUUAAGUCAACUCCGUGGGCCUUGAAGAAGAAUCCAGUCCCUCUUGUGGGACCGGGAGAUUCCAGACAAUUGUUUUUCCUUAACUUCCAUCUCGAGGAUAACGGACCACGAAUAAAUGGCAUUAAAUUUCGCCUACCAACUUCAGCACUACAGACCUACCCAGGACCGGAUGCCGUUGUUCCAUGUGGACCAGGAACGUGUAAUGAAAAGGAAUGCAGAUGCACACAUAUGCUGAAACUAGGCUUAGGAAAUAUAAUAGAUUUUGUCCUCUUCUCUUUCAGCGACAGGAAGGCUGCCCAUCCAGUUCAUUUACAUGGACACCAUUUUCAUGUCCUUAAAAUAGGAUAUCCUCCAUAUGAUAUCAAGACAGGAAAUGCCACCGCAAGAAACCCUGAAAUUACAUGCUUUAAUGAGCCUUGCACAAAAGCAGCAUGGACGAAUCCCGGGUGGAAUUCAGGAAAAAUUCCUGGUUUGAACUUAGUGAACCCCCCUAUAAGAGACACAGUUGUUGUUCCUGCCAAUGGUUACGUCAUAAUAAGACUAAGAGCCGAUAACCCAGGAUUUUGGUUUAUGCACUGUCAUUUUGGACAUCACCAGACACAGGGAAUGAAUUUGGUAAUGCAGGAAGGAGAUAUUGAGCAUAUGCCAAAAGUCCCUACGAAUUUUCCUACAUGUAAUAACUUCCUGCUCGACCCUAAGCAAUGGCUGGUGUCCUUAAAGAGGGAAGAAGCGAGGCGGAAGUCACUGGGUUUCAGAUACUAAUUCCGGAAGAAAAUUGUUAUUUUUCGAAUUAAUUUUGAUUUGCAUACAAUUGGAGAGGGUCAACCAAA